CGCCUGAAUUAGUGCAGCUGCCGCCGUCACCGCAGCCACUGCUGCUCUCUGCCUCUCGCUCUGUCUCCCCCUCUCUUUUGUUUUGCUCCCUUGAGAGCAAGAGCCAUUUCAUUUAGUUUCAGCCACCUCUGACAGCUGACAUUUCCUCUACGCCAUUCAGACGAACGUCAUUGGGCAACAUUAAGAACUGUGGGGAGGAAAAGAGUAAAAGACAACGGCCCCAUAUUUGCACAUGAAGAAAUUGAUGUGAGAGUGUUUGCCCCAAAUGAAAGACGCCCAGGUGUAAAAGUUGCAGCAUGCCAGGACUAAUCAACAAAGAGAAAUGGAAGGCCCUGCCCCUCAGCGUCUCAGACGUCAGCUCCUGCAUCAGGGGCUACACUCUGGCCAUGACGGCCUCGCUGACCUACGACAACAUGGACGACCACCCCAUCGAGGGAAUCUUCAUUUAUCCACUCGAGGAAUGCUCAACGGUUGUUGGCUUUGAAGCAAUGAUCUCCUCUCAAAUCAUAACCGUGCAGAUCAAAGACAAAACGAAGAUUGAUGACUGUUACUUUGAUUGCUGCUCUUCAGCCAACGGAGCUCUGCCCAGUGGAAGCGGACACGUUGUUAUGGAGGAGGACCUGGAGAGAACGGUGCUGGUGGUGAACCUGGGGGUCAUUCCGCCUCUGGAGACGGUGAGCGUUCUGGUCAGCACCUCCUCUGAGCUGUCCACGCUGCCCGGCGGGGGCAUCAGGGUCACGUCUCCGCCUGUGUGCACCCCCAGGGUCGAGCGCUCGGUGAAAGAGGAGCAAGCAUUCUCCCCUGGCACAAGUAGAAGGAGAGAGAGACACCACUGUGCCCUGGGUCCUCAUGACCAGGUACCAGGGAGUGGUCAGCUGUGUUUGGCCUGGUUGCUGGAGGAUGAGUCCAUCAACUCCAUCGACUACGACUUCAACUUCCAGCUGGAGAUCAGAAGCCCGUACCUGCUUGCAGGUGUGGAGAGCCCGUCCCAUGCCAUCCGGGCAGAUGCCGACCCGUGUGCCCGCUCUGCCACCAACAUAGUGGUCACCCUGGCAGACAAGUACACCUAUGACUGGCCUGUGGAAAUACUCAUCUAUCCCAGUGAGCCUCAUGUGCCCCACGUGUUGGUGGAGAGCGGCGACAUGAUGUUGGAGGAGUACGACGAGUACCUACGCAGCAGAAGCGACUUCAUCAAGGGGACCAAGAAGGAUGCAAGUGAUGAGAAAAAAGUGGAGAUCCUGCGCAAGAGGCUCCACAAAGACAUCCUCCACAACCCAGUGGUGAUGCUGAACCUCUGUCCUGACCUCAAGGCCAUGACCUCAGAGCACAUGAGCCCACAGGGCGAGUUCAUCUUCCUGAUCGACCGCAGCGGCAGCAUGAGUGGGAUGAACAUCAGCUGUGUGAAAGAUGUCAUGGUGGUUAUUCUGAAGAGUCUCUUCCCAGCCUGCUUGUUCAAUAUCGUCGGCUUUGGCUCCUCAUUCAAAACACUCUUUACCACCAGUCAGCCCUAUGAUGAGGACAACCUGGCCAUGGCUUGUGAGUACAUCAGCAAGAUCCGGGCUGACAUGGGCGGCACCAACCUCUUAGCACCUCUCAGCUGGAUCCUGCGGCAGCCCAUGCACCGGGGCCACCCACGGCUGAUCUUCCUCCUCACCGACGGAGCGGUCAGCAACACCGGCAGGGUCAUCGACCUGGUCCGCCGCCACGCGCGCUUCACCAGGUGCUACACCUUUGGAAUUGGGCAGAGUGCCUGCAGAAGACUGGCGCAAGGACUGGCCACAGUAUCCAAAGGGAUAGCAGAGUUUUUUGCCGAGGGAGAGAGAUUGCAGCCCAAGAUGAUCAAGAUCCUAAAGAAGUCCAUGACCCCAGUGCUCAGUGACAUCUCCAUCGAGUGGCUGUUUCCUGAGACCAAGGAGGUGCUUCUCUCCCCAGUGGGAAACACCUACCUCUUUCCAGGAGACCGUCUCAUUGGUUACUGUGCCGUCUGUGACACGACCCGCUACCAUCCCAACCCCAAGUCUGAUAAGCGCAGACGCUACAGCAUGAUGCGCUCCAACGAGUCCGCCAGCUCUGUGUUCUACCACUCCCAAGAGGAGGACCCAGCCAGGAGUGCCUCAGAAUGUCCAGCCGCACAGAGGGACAUGCAUACCGGGGUCCUGUUUGAUGGUUACCAGGACACCAUGUCUGAGAGCAGUGCACUCGCCACUGAGCACGACUCCAUGGGAAUGGACCCACAAACGUCACCAAGGCGACGGGCCUACAGCACAAACCAGAUAACAAAUUACAACCCAGCGAAGCGGGUGUACACCCCCAGCGACCCGAGUUCUGUGGUAGGGAAGAACCCGCUAAGAAGAGCCAAAAUCCAGGAACUGAUUCAUCCGACAAACCCUGACCAUGGAGCUCAGUGGAAAUUAGACUAUCAGCCACAGCUGGCUAGUCUGUGUGCCGCAGCCUCCAGGGGCCACACUGCUGGAGAUGAUCGCUCCUCAUUACUGCAGCAGCAGCAGCAGCAGCAGCAGCAGGAGGAGGAGGAGCUAGCAGAGCAGGACCUGGCCCAGCCCUGUGGCGGACCCCAGCCAGUGGGCCGCAGCCCAGCGCCAGCCUCAGCGCAGGUCUCUGCCCUGGAGAACGGAUCCAGGUCCUCCUCAGAGAGCCCCUCUGUGGGAAGCACUGGAGAGGGAGAUGGGUAUGCACACCAGCUCUGUGAGGCGGAGACUCCUCAGGACCCCCACGUGCCCGCGGUCAGCACGGCCAGUUGUGGCCAGGGGGACUGCAAGGCGGUGGUGUCCGGGCUACUGUGCGGGAAAGAGGUCAAGUGGGAAGUGACCUUUGACAUCGAGCAGUACCUGCAAGGUCGCGAGCGAGAAGAGAAAGUUCACGAGGAGCUCUGGAAUGAGACGUUCCAUCACCUGGCGGCCCACUCCAUCAUCCAGGACUUUGAGCAGAUGGCGGAGAGAGAGUGUGAGAUUGAACACGGGUCUGGCCGCAGAUACCAGCUGUAUGCAAUCCACACGAGCAAAGCCUGCAACAUCCUAAGCAAAUUCACAGCAUUUGUUCCCAUAGACCUGGAUACUAAUGAAUAUUUACCGACCUCCAUUGAGUACCUGAAUGUGGGGGAGGACUCAAAGAAAGGAUCCCAGUCAAGCUCGCGCUCGGGAAGCAGGAAAAAGCGGGCCUACUCCAUUGGACUGGGACGCUCUCAGUCAGGCUGCAUGUCAGAAGCUGAGGAUGGCUUACAGGCUACAAUCCCUGAUGAUGGCCCCUCCCCCUGCGGAACUCCAUCGUCAACAUCUGGAUGGGAAACGUACAGAUUCACAGACGCCUCUCAGAGGAGUCCAUCUGUGACCUCGGAGCACUCGCAGAGAUCCGUGGAGAGCCUCUUCUCCGCCAGGCUGAGUCUCACAAGGACACGACUCCUGACCAAGGCAGCGCGGGGUUUCAUGAGCCGGAGUCAAAGCAAGACCAGUGAGUCAGCGGGUGACAGUGACAAUGACAGCAAAGACUACAUCCCUCUGGUAUCCUUGCAGUUAGCCUGUGGGGCCUUUGCGCUGGACAGCGCUCUGUGCGAGGCCAUCGGCGUGCCCAUGAACAAGCUGAAGUGGACGUCCCCUUUUAGUAGCCACCGCCACAGCCUGCCGCACCUCUCCCACUCCAGCAGCCGGCGGGACGACGCGGGCAGCAGCAGCAGCGGUGUCCAGCCCUCUCCGGACCCCGAGACGAAGCCAGACGCCGAGCUGAGCAUCAGCAGCCACAGCCCCUCAGCUCGGAGCCCGCGGAGCCCCAGAAGCCCACACAGCCCCCGCGUGGACGCUGGCUCCCCCUUCCUCGCCCGCCCCUCCACCUCCUCCACCUCCUCCUCCUCCUCCUCCUCCUCCAAGGAGCCUCCUCACUCGCCCGGCCCCUCGCUGAUGGACAGCGGCCACGGCUCCGAGGCGGAGCGGGCGGGGACGCCUGAGGCGCGGGGCCUGUCGCUGGAGAGCAUGGUGUGGGCCACUGCAGUGGCCCUGGCCUGGCUGGAGCACAGCUCGGCCAGCUACUUCAUUGAGUGGGAGCUGGUGGCCGCCAAGGCCAGCAUGUGGCUCGGCGGCCAGAGCGUCCCCGAGGGCCGCGACCUGGCCUCCGUCAAGGCGGCCGCCAACCAGCUCUUCAUCAUCCUCAGGCACUGGGACGAGAACCUGCAGCUCAACAUGCUGUGCUACAACCCCAAAAGCGUGUAGUGGCGCGCGGGCGGGCGAAGUGGAGUGCUCUGGGUGCCUCUGUCGAGCUGUGCUGUGCCAAACAGGGAGCUGCCCUCUUUGCACGUGAAGGGAGCAUGCUCCGCUAUGCCAAGGUUUUUGUUUUUCGAGGAAUGCUAAAAUGAUGUCACAUCCUGGAGCCCUGAAGGUCGUUGUCUUUUAAGUUGCUAAUAUACUUUGAUGUAGUGGAACAGUGCAAUGAAGUGGAAUGUCAGUGCAUUGUGAUUAUCAUGUAGGGUUCAGCACACUAAUCAACCAGUCUCAUCUCAUUACUGAGCAAAGGCUUCUAACAUGGACUCUUCAGUGCAUCAUACAGUAAUUAGCCAUGUCUUCUGGAGGUAAGACUGACAAUGAGAAUGUUUUCAGUUUGAUUGUAUGACUACUGUAGUCACGUCUCUAUUUUUCUGUUAUUACUGGCCUGUACAAGUGUAUUCUAUGUGUACUCAUACUACUGUGAGAAUAACUUGAACUUGUUUAAGCAGUGGCAAGCCGAUGUUUUGCUCUGACCUGUAAUUUGUAAACCAGUGAAGCGUAUCUAUAUUCAACUUACCGGUAUAUGUAGCAAAACCUUAAUUGAAUGUGUUAUGCUUUACCUCUGUGAAACUUUAGUGUAGAUGUAGUCUGUAGCGUGCAAUUACAUCACUUUAACCCCCUCUAAAUGCAGGUCACAACAUGAAUGGAAUUUGGCAGCUAACACCUUAAUCAAAUGCUUAAAUAUGGUAUAAUUAAGGAUCAUACUACAUAUUUGAUUUAAACAGUUGCCUAUUUGAAGAUUCUCAGAUAACGAAAUGACUUAUCCCAAUUAAACCAGAGGCCAUUUUGAUUUCUGUUCUGUUCUGAGUUUUCCCUGUGAUAUGCUGGCUGUACUCAGACCAUAAGUGCCUGUCUUUUCUGACAUAAACACAUGAAAGACUCAGUGGGCUGUUGCAAUGUAUGGCAUGUUUCAACCGAAGCAAAAUAUCUGUGCCGUUUUGAAGUUUGUUUGUGUUGUGUUUCCAUGGUUUCUCAGUGCUUUCAAUUGCUGGAUGAUGUCACUGUCUAUUUUUUUAAGUUAAAAAAAUCAAAUCAAGGAUGGGAACAUGCACACAUCUACAAUGAUCACGGAUGUGUACUGAACCCCACAACAUAAUUCUCUCGUCCUGUUUUGUAUUUUAAAAAUAUUUGUUGAUGUAUUAAGUGUAUAUUAGGAAUGCUAAACUUCGAUAUGAUUUCAGCGAAUUCACAAUUCUCUUCUAGUUUUACUUUAUUGCUGUCACUUGCAUGCACUUGUCAGAAUUUUAACACUCAGUGUUACUCAGGUAUUGCUUUUGAAUCAGCUUGAUUUAGGACAGGGCCCAAAUGUGAGCCUGAUUUAGGACAGGGCCCAAAUGUGAGCCUGAUUUAGGACAGGGCCCAAAUGUGAGCAGCUGUCUGUGCUGUGGGACAGGAGUGUGAUGUUUUGUUCUGGACUCGUCUAUAAACACCUAGACAUCAGCCCUUCAUGACCUAACAUCUCAUCUAACAUGACCAUUUGUCUCAUUUGAUGGUGGCUUUCUUGUAAGGAGUGGACUGUUGGUGGUGAAGUGUGGCUGUUUAUAUCCUUGCUGUGCUACUUUCUGGACAUGCACUGUUUAACAUCUUUCUAUUUCUUAGAGUCAGUUUGCAGAUAGUUGUGCAAUGAUGAUCUAUGUAACUGCAUGUAAUAAAGUUUCAGUGCAGAAUAUCUGAUGUAA